AUGGAUCCCAAAGAGGCCAUUGGGGGUGAGAAGGAGAAGGAAAAAGAGAAGGACAAGACGAUAAAGAGGAGGAACCGGCCUGUGUUCCUGCGUUACCUGGAGAGGAGAAAGACGGACACCAUAGUGGAUGAUGACAUGGCCAAAGGUGACUUCAACCUGGGGACGCUGGUGAGGAGGAGUCAAUCUGACAAGACGGAGUACAGCGCUAAACUUAAAGAGAAAAUGACUCCACACGACCUGUCCACACCCCCCUCUCCAGCCAUGGACCCAGAGGAGGUCCGCUUGAGGAAGAUGAGCCGCAGGGCAAAGGUCAUUCAGGAGCUUGUGCAGACUGAGAAGGACUACCUCACAGACCUGGAGCUGUGCAUCAGAGAGGUGGUGCAGCCUCUACGGAACACACAGGUUGUGGAUAUCGAUCGGCUGUUCACCAACAUGGAGACAUUGUGUGAGGUAUCUGCAGCUCUCCUUCACAGACUGAAUGAGGCCCUGGCUGACCCUGAUCCAGAAGCAGUUGUUAUAGGAGAAGUAUUCAUCCAGGCGAAGGCAGCUUUAGAAGAUGUAUAUAAGAUUUACUGUUACCAUCACGAUGACGCCAACACGUCGCUUAAAUCGUAUGAGAAAGAGGAAGAAAUAAAGCAACAUUUCACCACAUGUGUAUUGGCACUGAAGAAAAUUUACGAUGAAGAGGGUAAACCAAACUUGCUGAACAUGGGUUCACUGCUCAUCAAACCGGUUCAGAGGAUCAUGAAGUACCCUCUGCUGCUCGGGGAGCUGUGGCACGCCACGCCCGAGGACCAUCCUGACUGCCGUCCUCUGCAGGAGGCGUUCACCGCUGUCAAAAUCAUUAAUGUGAACAUCAAUGAGUUCAAGAGGCGCAAGGAUAUAGUCAUGAAGUAUAAGCGGUCGGACGAUGAAGGAACAUUGAGGGGAAAACUACACAAGUUCAACAUCCACUCCAUCCGUAAGAAAGGCGACAGGUUCGCCGGUUAUCUCAAGAUCCUCACUGGAGUUGAACCGCAGGUGAGAGAUGAAUUAUUUGACAAAGAGGAGAAGCUUUUCCGAUGUCUGGAGAAAGCCGUGAGGCAGCUGGUCAAGAAUCUUCAAUUUUACCAGCAGCACAUUCAGGAGAUGGUGUCUGUAGCUGUCCAGAACGUCCAGGACAUGGAGACCAUUGUUAAGGAUCCAAACAAAAAUGGGAUAAAUGGCUCAUUGAACAAUAACGGAAAUGAUCCCUAUAAGCACUUUAAGGACGGUAUGGAGCGCUUAGUCCUCGUCCCCCUCUCCUCCCUGCAGGGCAUGUUCACAGCCCCCCAGAAGCUCAUCCAGAAACGCUAUGACAAAUUGCUGGAUUACUGCAGCCGCCUCGAGCGCUCUUCCUCUUUUUCAUCUUCGUCGUCCACCCCUUCCUCCUCCCCUGUACCGGCACCAGAGGACCCGGCCGGCCCGACCAGGAGGGACUACGAAGCAAUCAACGCCUUGCUCGUGGAGGAGUUGCAGAGGUUCAACAUGGCCGCCUACACCAUCCUGACCAACUGUGUGGUGUAUCUGGUCGCCCUGCUCAGAGAGCUGAUGGAGGAAAUACUACUACGGGCUCCAUCCAUGCAGCAGCUGCCAGCUCCACUGUCGAACAUUGCUGAGGUGCAGAACAGCAUCAUGGAUGAGCUGAAUAAUCUGACUUUUGUGAAAGAUAAUGCACAGAAGCUCAUGGAGCGCAAAGUCAGCUUUGAGAGACAACGAGACAAGAAAGCAACGACGAUGGAGGUGCAGCAUCAAACGGAGGAACAGCGAGCCCGGCUGCUGACAGAAUACCCCCAGAACCGUCUGUACCUGCUGAAGAGGAAGUGUAACGGCUGCCAGGACCAGGACCUCAGCCUGCUGGAGGGAGAACUGGUGGCCUUGCUGGAGGACACGGACCCAUCGGGCAGCAGCAGCCGCUGGCUGGUUACCACUGGAGGCAAAGAUGCACAGGGCUACGUCUACUCCACCUUCCUGAAGCCGUACAACCCUCUGAGGGACUCGCAGCGGAAAGGCCAGAUGGUCAAAGAGCAGCAGCCGCAGCAGCAGCAGCCGCCACCUGUCAUGGUGGACGAUGACUUCGAUGACCUCAGCCUGUUUGUGUCGGGAAGUGGCAGCAGCAGCCUGCGAAGCUUCAACCUCACCACCACCGACAGCGGCUCAACCCUCUCUGGCCUACAGGGGGAGCCAGAGAGCCCGGAGGACCUAGAGGAGACAUCGGACACAGAUGCUCAGCAGUUUUAUGCCGUGUACGCAUUUCACGCCCGUUGUGACCAGGAGCUGACCUUACAGGAGAACCAGCAUGUCCGCAUCAUCAAGUUCUGUGACCUGGGAGGCAACAAGGAGUGGUGGCUGGCUGAGGCGAACGGACAGAAGGGAUACGUCCCGGCCAACUACCUUGGCAUGAUGUCCUAUGCCUAA